AUGGGCACCUCACCAAUCACGCUGAGGAGCAUCCUCGGCUUCCUUUUUGUCUUCAUCCAGCUUGGCUGUGCUCUUAAGUUUGACCUCACUGCCACCUCCGGCGGCGGCAAGAACGAGCGAUGCAUCCGCAACUUCGUCUCCAAGGAUCAGCUAGUCGUUGUUACUGCUACUGUCGGCGGUACCAAGGGUGAUGGACAAAAGGUCAACAUUCAUAUCAAGGACGCAAUGGGCAACGACUACGGUCGUCCCAAGGAUGUCGUCGGCGAGACGCGCCAACUAUUCACUUCGCCCGCAGACACCGCCUUCGACGUCUGCUUCGAGAACCAGCUCACCGGCCACAACAGCAUCUCGAACCCCACCCGACCCAUCGAACUUGACGUCGACAUUGGCGCCGAUGCCCGCGACUGGAACAGCAUCCAGUCGCAGGAGAAGCUCAAGCCCGUUGAGACAGAUCUCCGCCGCAUUGAGGAAAUGGUCGCCGAUAUCGUUACCGAGAUGGAGUACCUGCGUGCCCGUGAGCAGCGCCUGCGUGAUACCAACGAAAGCACCAAUGAGCGUGUCAAGUGGUUCGCCUUCGGAACUAUGGGUAUGCUUGUUGGGCUUGGUGCUUGGCAGGUUGUCUACCUGAGGGCUUACUUCAGUAAAGAUGAAGAGAACCUGUGGCUGACAUCUUUGUUUGUAUUGUCCCCAAGCAAACAGUGCAAACACCGGGCAUUGCAGGAGCUUUCCCCCGGCAUUACAGCGGAUGAUGUCAAAGCCGAAGCAUCAAAUCUCAACUUCUCCCUCGAGGAAAUCAGUCACAAUCUUGCUGGAACGCUGUACAGCAACAUGUCGGCUCCACGCUUAAUCCAUCGCCUCGCGCGGCCAGUAACGUCAUCACUCAGCCCAGUUUCGAGAUCAAACCGGCAAUUCGGUACCUCGGUUCUACGCCUCAAUGCCAGCGAUGAAGCUAUCAAGGCAAACAAGGAGUAUCGCGACAAGCAGGCCAAGAAGCCCGCCAACCAAUUUGUGCCCAACACAACGUCGACCAUGACGAAGGACUUCCCCAAUGUCGGCAAGAAGCCGUCACCUCCGGAGAUGCUGAACUCCGUCGACCCCAACUACAGACCUGCCGAUCCGUAUCCCGGAAGGAUUGAGCACUUCACCGGUGGUCGUCAGGAUACCGGCGCACAGAAGCCCGAGCUUGGCGUUGGCGAGAUGGAGGGUAUUACUUUCAAAGUUGAGCCAUUGAAGCGUGUUGGAGAGGAAGUUGCGACAAAAAGGGCGCGUCUACUAUACCAAAGCCGCAAGCGCGGAAUUCUCGAGUCAGACUUGCUCCUCUCGACCUUUGCAGAUGUCUACUUGGGUAAGAUGAACCGUGACCAACUUAUCGAGUAUGACCGCUUCCUCGAUGAGAACGACUGGGACAUCUACUACUGGGCGACACAAGACCCGCCGGAGGAUGUUCCUGUUUCCACUCCCAAGGAGGACACUCUCACCGAGACUUGGAAGGAAACCGGUGCCAAGAGUGGUGAAUGGGCGCAGACCAUCGGUGCCUUUAGAGCGGCUUACCGUCCUGUUCCGUCACGUUGGCAGGGAUCUGAGGUCCUCACCCUGUUGAGGGAGCAUGUUCGUGAUAAGAGUGCUACUGGCUUUGAAAAGGCCAAGAAUAAGAAGACUGGUGGUGGUGGCUUGGGCAGAAUGCCUGACGUUCAGGUGUUUAACUCCUGA